AUACGAUAUUUGACAUUUUUGCAAGAAAUAAAASAAUUUAAAACACACUGAAACAUAGCAUGGUAUACUCGUCAAGUAUUGUUUAUGCAAACCUCAAAGGCAACCCAGGAAUAAGGCGAAAGGACAUCAUAAAACAGCUCUACGGUUCUCUUAGCAACCGCCAUCUUGAAUACCGAAAAAGACUGGUACCAGUGCGAUAAAACAAAUGAAUAAAUGAAUGGACAAUGAAAUAUGAAAUGAAAAAAAAUAUAUUCAUAUACGAUUUAACAAAAAAAAAUAUAUAUUGUGCUACUGUGCUACUUGUUGAUAGGAAUUCCCAAAAACCAGAGUUAUAGAAAAUGAAAGAAAAUACUAUUUUUUUGUUGGGUAUCCUGUGGAGUAGCGUUUGCGAUACAGGAAACUGGCACUGGAAAGUUCAAAAUGGCGGACGAAUGAUAAAACUUUAUAUUCUUGUUUGGAGAGGAAAUACAAGAAGAAAAACGGUCACAAACUCAGAAACAUAACAUUACAAAGAUGUAUCUAUUUGGAGCAUGUCUAUUAUCAAGAUUUGUAAAUUAAAAGCGCAAGUAUGGAUGAAAARUGAUUAUCAAAGGCCAUCAAAUCAGAAAAUACCAAGUUGCAUUCAUCGAUCAAGUUUCUUAGUUAAUGAUUAUGGCAGCGAUUUCGACUUGCUGGUCAAGAAAAGUCUUCAGAACUCAAAUAGGACUGUUUGCAUCUGCAAGACGUCUCAAAUUUGAAUCUCCGGCUUGGUCACAAAAGUUGACAUUGAAACCGAACUAUCUUUGUUUCACCUUACAAAAUAGAUCAAUAAGUGUURAAAUACCACCAGACGUUAUACAAGAGUCUUUAUCUAAGAGUAAUARGGAAAGAAUUAUCAAGGAGCUUGAAGCAAUGGAGAAAGGACAGCGUUUGUCUUGUCCAGAAGAAGCGGCUGUACUUGUUCCUUUUUGCACCGUUGAUAAUAAACCUUCUUUAUUGUUUACAUUGCGGUCUAAUGCUUUGCCAACCCACAAAGGUCAUGUAAGUUUUCCAGGUGGGAAGAGAGAUAAAGAGGAUAAAAACUUUGUUGAAACAGCAAUUAGGGAAACAGUUGAAGAAAUUGGAAUCCAUGAAAAUGUUAUAGAUGUCUGGGGAACAUUGCCACCCUUGCCAGAUUGGAAAGGGAAAAUUUCUGCAACUCCUGUUGUGUCAUUUCUUGGAGAAAUUGAUGUGGACAAUAUUCACUAUGACCAUAUAGAGGUCUCAAAGGUUUUCCACUUGACACUUGAACACAUUCUUGAGCACAGARGAUACACAAAAUWCACUAGUGGARUYACRMUGCCUGUUUUUGUAAAUGGUCCACAUCUUGUUUGGGGRAUGACUGCAUCAAUUAUGGAUAUUUUCUUUGAAAUAAUGUUYCCUGGUUAUYACAAAAAGGUUUUUGAAUAUUCGUAUUCUCAUAGAGCAAAAUUACCAUGGCUAACAGAACAAAACAGAGAAAUAAUGAAAGUUUUUAACCUUGAAAAAUAAAAUACAGUUGGAAACACUAUAAAUGAAUGAAAAUAUUCUUUAACAGUCCUUAAUUUGGAUUUAGGAUAUUUGACAUUUUACAUAAAUAUAAAAAUCGAAAAGACAAUGAAACAUAKCAUAGAUACGGCUGUCAAGUAUUGUCUAAGCAAGCCUCAAAUGAAACCCAGGAAUAUACAGUCAACAACUCAACCUCGUUUCCAGUGCCCUCUCUGUAGCUAUUUUCAAAAUGCGACCACAAACGUUAAAAGUGUUAGAGGUUGUAAACAACUCCAUGGUUUGUCUUGCGAACCGCAAUCUUAAAUACGGAAAAAGACUGGUACCAGUGCAAUAGAUAAACAAAUGAAUGGACAAUGAAAUAUGAGAUUAUAUUUUUAUACAUUAU